GAUCAUCAAUUCGAGCAGAUCAGGAUGCCUCAACAACAGAGCAUCGUCAGGCUAUGGCCGCCAGGGUUCUUAAAUCCUGUUCUUUUCGUCGGCAUUGUCGCUUUCUGUCUUAUGCUGAAGACCUUAGAAACGAUGCAGUUGGGCAUUGAGAUCUAAGUAACAUUUCCAUGAGAUUUGAUUUCAAGCGAGCUUUGGUUGCACGGCGUAUGGAGGGGAACAUGAUAUUCAACAUUUUGGCAACUUCUGCACGAGUGGCGAGCACGAUGUAUCGCAACCACAGGGAAGGAGUUAUGUUAUUCGGGUGGGGCCACAGGAGUCCUGGCAUGGCAGGAUGUUUGGCUGGCAAUAAUUCAACAUUUUGGAGGGCGUUUUUCUCAUCUUCUUGAUACUUGCAGCUUUGGGGAGGGUCAUGAUGUCCAGUGACUGUGUAGUAUCGCCAGAUGCUUGGUGGUUCAGAAUGCAUCGGCCGCAAAAAGCUGUAUUCACUCGAGCAGGUGACCACUAGCUUUGGCAAGCUCUUUUCGUUUCGCUC